AUGGCACAGAAUCAUUCAAGUAAAGGUAAACAUACUUCUUCUCAGGAAAACAGUGCUGUAACUCAAGAGAGAUAUCAAAAGUUAAAAAGAAGAGUGCGAGAAAUUCAAACUGAAUAUGAUAAAAUUGCAAAGGAGUUGGACAGAUCCAGGAAAAGAAUUAAAUCGCUUAAAAGGGAAAAAGAUCAAUAUGAAGAUACUGACUCAUCAGAUUCUGAACAAUCUGUUAAUAUUUCUUCUGAUAUCUCAUCCGAUUCUGAUGUAUCAUCAGGACAACAAUCUCGUGCAUCAUCAAUAGUAACACGUCCAAUUAAAAAAGCUCGCGGACGUCUCACUAAUAAAAAAUCAGCGUCAUUGCCUGCACCUGCAAAUAAUAUUGUUAAUUCGGAACCUAUCACCACUCACACGUCGGGUAAAGUUGCCAAGAAGCGCGCAAGCAAGAAACCAUUGAAUAUCAAGACUAUGAAAGUUCAAUAUGUUGAGAAAGAUGAAAAGGGAAAUUACAUAUUACCUGUUCAAAUUGGGAUUUUAACUGUCCUAAGUCUUGGACAUGUCGUUUAUGACCGUGAUACAUUUCAUAAUGAAAGAUAUAUUUGGCCUGUUGGUUAUGCCGUCAGAAGAGCUUACAAUAGUAUGAUUAAUCCAGAUAGUCAAACUAUGUACACUUGUAGGAUUGAAGAUGGUAUUGAUGGACCUAGAUUUGUCAUUGAAGCCGAAGAUCAACCAAAUAAACCAAUCCCUGCUAACACAGCAACGGGUGCAUGGACUUCAGUUGUUCGUGAAGCAAAUGCCAUUAGAAAUCGUGAUCAUUCAAAUUCCGCAUCAGGUCCUGAUUAUUUUGGUUUUUCACAAGCUACCAUUAGAAAGAUGAUACAAGAUCUUCCCAAUUCAAAUAAAUCAGCAGUUGCAUGGGGGCCUGGACAACUUUUAACUAUUGAAGAAGUCGAAGUUGCACCUCCAAAGAGAGGAGAAGUUCGAGUAAAAAUACUUGCAAGUGGAGUUUGUCAUACUGAUGCUUAUACACUGUCGGGAAAAGAUCCUGAAGGCAAAAAUUGGCCUGUAAUUUUUGGCCAUGAAGGUGGUGGCAUUGUGGAAUCGGUAGGCGAAGGAGUCACUUCCGUCCAGCCGGGUGAUCAUGUAAUACCAUUAUACAUUCCCGAGUGUCGUGAAUGUAAAUUUUGUAAAAGUGGCAAAACUAACUUGUGUUCAUCGGUUAGGAGUACUCAGGGACGUGGUUUGAUGCCAGAUGAAACAACAAGAUUCACUUGUAAAGGCCAAAAGGUUUUUCAUUAUAUGGGAUGUUCAACAUUUAGUCAAUAUACUGUCAUUGUAGAAAUGUCAGUUGCCAAAAUCAAUCCUAAAGCACCAUUGGAUAAAGUAUGUUUGCUUGGCUGUGGAAUCACAACAGGUUACGGAGCAGCAAUUAAAACAGCCGAUGUUCAACCUGGAUCAACAGUUGCAGUGUUUGGUUGUGGUGGUGUAGGAUUAAGUGUUAUUCAAGGUGCAAAAUCGCGUAAUGCAAGUAAAAUUAUUGCAAUUGACAUUAAUCCAAAGAAAUUUGAAUUUGGUUUAGAUUAUACGUUUGAGUGUACAGGUAACACAAAGGUUAUGCGUGCAGCUUUCGAAUCAUGUCAUAAAGGAUGGGGGCAGUCUAUAAUUAUAGGUGUGGCAGGAGCAGGAGAAGAAAUAUCUACACGACCAUUUCAACUUGUUACGGGACGUGUUUGGAAAGGUUCUGCUUUUGGAGGUGUUAAAGGACGUAGUGAAUUGCCAGGUUUGGUUGAAGAUUACCUUGAUAAGAAAUUGGAAGUCGAUCUUUUUAUAACUCAUAAAUUCAAACUUGAAGAAAUUAAUGAAUCAUUUGAAGCUAUGCACGAGGGUGAUAGGGCCAGCCUUAUGUCAAAAACUUCAGCUACUACCAAUAGAAAAUUUGAACCAUGUUUACUAGGAUCUAAACCAGACUUUACAGUGAUGACAACUAAGCCAG